CUCUCUCUCUCUCUCUCUCUCUCCCUCUCUCCUUCCCUCUCUCUCUCUCUCCCUCUCUGUAGCGCGCUCUCCUCCACCCUGCAUCCAGACACGGACAGAGCCAGACGGGAACCAUCUGUGUGCAGCCACACUGUAAACAGACGAGGAGCAGUUUUCAUGAAAGACAACAUCUCUGCUGCUGCUGCUGCUCGCUGGAGGAAGCCUUCACUCAGCGAUGCCUGGGAACCCACCAGCUGCUCCUCCAUGCUGUUUACCGAGAAUGGAAUUGUAGUCGACCUCUCCAGGAUUUAGAUCAACUGCGAGCAUGUGGCAGCCUUCCACCAGAGCAGGUGACAGCCUGGUGGAAACGUUACCUCACUGGAGUAAGCGAGCGAAAUGGGCCCCCUUCCUCACCCUCUGCGUGGCUCUUCUCUGGCCUCCAGUGGCAGAGGCGUCGACCCUCAACUGCCACAAGACGUGCAUCUGUGCCUCCAACAUAGUCAGCUGCUCCAAGAUGAAUUUGACCACUGUCCCCAUUGUCAUACCGCACUACACUGGCGUACUGGAUCUCAGCUACAACGAGAUCGCACGGCUGCGAUCCGAGUGGACCCCAGUCAAGCUCCCAAAGCUCCACAACCUCCUCCUCAGCCACAAUGGCCUCCAGUUCCUGUCUUCAGAGGCGUUUGUGUAUGUGAAGAACCUGCGCUACUUGGACCUUUCCUCCAACAACUUGCGGCUGCUGGAGGAGUUCAUCUUUGAGCCCUUGGUCAACCUGGAGGUCCUGCUGCUGUACCAUAACCAAAUUUCCCAGAUUGACCGCGCAGCCUUUACUGGCAUGAUCAACCUUCAGAAGCUCUACCUUAGCCAGAACCAAAUCUCCCGCUUCCCCCUGGAGCUGGUGAAGGAGAAGUCCCGCCUGGAGAAGCUUAGCCUCCUGGAUGUGUCCUCCAACAAGAUCAAGAUGUUUCCCAUUGAAGAGCUCCAGGUGCUGCCUGCUUGGAUUAGAAAUGGCCUCUAUUUCCACAAUAACCCUCUGCUGUGUCACUGUGAUCUGUACACACUCCUAGCACAUUGGUACCUUCGAAAACUCAACUCCGCUAUGGACUUCAAAGAUGACUACACGUGUAUUCUGCCCGGCCUGCAAAAAACACAAGUAGGUGUUUUUGACCUCAGCGGCGACUAUAUGAACUGCAGCACAUUCAAGGAGGCGGAUGAAGAAGGUUUCCUGGAGCAAAAGCUCACCCUGGGAUGUGACACCAAACACAGGGACAUGAUAAAGACUUGGAAAAUGCCUGGCAAUGUGCCGGUGGCACCUGGAAGCAACCAGUCGGCCAAAGUCUUGCAGGAUGGACGGCUACAGAUUAGUUCGGUGAGGUCUGAGGACUCUGGGACCUACACAUGCUUUGCGACGAGCGAGGCCUACAAUGAGACGAUCUACGUGGUGCUGAAGGUUCACAACUUCACCAUGCAUGGGGGCGGGGAGUCCAUGAACACAGCUUAUACCACCUUGGUGGGAUGCCUGGCCAGCGUAGUGCUGGUGCUCAUGUACCUAUACCUGACGCCGUGUCGCUGCUUCUGCUGCCCCAACAAGGGCAAGGCUCGUGGUGAGGACAGCAUCCACUCCUCCAUGCUCAGUGUGUCACCGACCCACGAGGACCCGGAACUCAAAGCUGAGCUGAACAGGCACGUGGCGUUCAUAGACUCAAAGGACUUGCAGGGCCAGAACGGGAAGCUGAACCCAAACGGGAAGGAGGACGACGACGAUCUGGAUGCAGAGGCUGGUUCUCUAAUGAAGGGGAAGAGGAAGAAGUCGGUAGCAGAGUCCAUUAGCUCCGUCUUUUCAGACACUCCCAUGGUGGUCUGAGACGCAGUGGCGGAUUCCACAUGACUGGAUGUAUAUGGUACAACAUGAGCCAUGUUUUGGCUAUUGUAAACUGUUACUGACCUUGUGGGAGAAAACAGACCAUGGGUGUUACUCUGUGGUUGCUGACAAGUGGAAAUGAGGAUCUAAAAGGGAGUAAAAAAACAAACUGUCCUGUUGAUGACAUUGAGGACAAUAAGCAGGACUUUUCCAGCAUUUCAAUCUGUAGCACUUACUAUUCAUACUGUGAAGGAACGGCAGUGUGCACGGUCAUGUCAACUACUGAAGUCUUAUGAUAAUUGUCUAUCAGCACUCAGGAAGUGAUACAUUAAAUUGCUAAAGUGAAGGAAAUGCGUCUGAUACAUGCACAGAUUGAAAUGAGCUCACAUAUCGAAUAUAUAUAUAUAUUGAAACCAUGGCUGGCUCAUAAUCAUAUUUAUUACUAGAAUAGAUCAUCUUACGUAAACAUUAGGACAUAGGCUCAUUAACCCCUUCUGAAUCGACACAGACUUAGAUAGACGGCUGUCACCAGGCUAUGAAAGGGUGUUUAAUUAACCCUGAGACACCUAUAGAGAAACAGCAUGCCAUAAACCUACAUUAUGAGACCCAUCAAGUGUUUAUCUUUUACUAAAGAGGCAGGGGCACAAAGGUAUUAUUAGGAGGUCAUAGGUCGUUGUCAUCUUAGUUGUAUAAUUCAUCAGACUGAUCUGUACUCAUAGUCUUAUAGUGAUAGAGGAGAAGGCUCUUUUAUCCUUUGCUAUAUUAAAGAGAUUAAUUAAUAAAUAUGGUGUGCCAUACAAUUGUUAAAUUAAUCAUGUAUCAAAAUAAAAGCCUCUUAGCUACCUGCAUUACUACAGUAUAACCCCAAAUAAACUACUGAAGCCUUACACAGUUGAAAUAGAUGGAGCGCCGCCAGCAGAUACACGUUGGGUGCAGGGACAUAGUUAAUCUAGACUGAUUAUCAACAUAUUGUCUCAAAUCUGUACACAGACACGCACCAUGGUCCUUACAAGGACAAAUACACGUUUUGUUUGUUGUGAAAUGAGGUGCUCCUGACUCUACUGCAGAGUUUAACUCCUCCUCUCAGCCAAGUGGCAGCGUUUGUCUCUCUCUGUCACACUCGCAGGAAGUUACGCUUGUGCUAAAAGCUGCCAGCUCAUUUGAUUCUCUCCUGGGUGUUCACCUUACACAAGAUAAGUAUACGUUUUAAAGUUACAUUCUUCAAAAACGAAACGCAAACAUUGGUGAACUCCUCCAUUAUGUCAUUAUGUGAGAUUUGAGUUCUUGCUGGGAUGGGACUUUCACUCUGAUUUCAAAUGUAGCUGUUUCACUCUGUGGUUGGUAGAAAAUGAUUUCCGUUGUAUUAGCAGGAAAAACAUUUGAGACACAUAAAAUCAACAGGGUUCCUUUUGAAAAGGGAACAAAGAUUUCACUGUUUGUAGCUGCUGACAGGAAACCUUGUUACGCAGGGGACUCUGCAGUUCUUUCCCUCGGAGGAGUCCCCUCAUCUCAACAAUGAUUGAAUCUAUUGUGAAUUGAAUUCAGCAGACACAUUGUAUGCUAUGCAUACUUCAUUCAAGUAUAUUGUUUGGCAUUUGUUUCGGGGUAGAACAAGGCGAGCCACCUUGAAGAUGCUAAUUGCAUCUUUUGAUGGGAUGCAGCUUUCCUCUGCUUUCCACGUCUUUGUCUCUCCGAGCAUGAGAGGAAAAGGUGUGUUAUCAUGAGUCACAGCAGCACAAAGCCAUUCUCUGUGACUCUCUCUGCGCUGACAGCCUCCAUUCAGAACAGAUAGGUUUGUUUUCUCUGCUGUUUGUGCACCCCUCUCAUUAUGAGGCUGCCCUUACAGAAGUUCAAAAGCAAUCAUCCAGCCGGGCCAUGCAUGUGAUGCCUUUUAACUAGUUUGUUUAUGAGGGGAAACGCCUGAAUUUUCUGCUUUAUACUGUAUAUGAACAGAUAAAGAAAUAAAUUACAUACAUCGUUUGAAUAGGAACAUCAAUUUAGUUCUCAAAAUGUUGGGAUGGACACAUUUCUUGGAGCAAUAUUGUUGGAAUAUUUACAGUUGCCGUGUUCACCGCAGCAUCUCCUUGUGUGGGUGAGAAAAGGAAGUCACACUCGGAGUGGGGUGUGAAUCAUUCCACGCUCUCACACAUAAGAGUACCAGGUGGAGAAUUAUAAAGCAGGAAAAAAUACCACAAGUCGUCACACAUUUAAAACACACGCACACACACACAGCUGCAGUUGCUAAACAAGCUGCCCAAUGUUAAGGGAUCUUCUCUGUAUGUUUUGCCCUCUGGAUUUUAUAUGUGUGUCAGUACCUGCUCGCCCAUAGUGCAAUCACGACUGAGAGCUCCGUCAGUAAGAGAAUCUGGAAAUUGCUAAAAGAAAAACUGAACUUACAUUCAAAUAUUUUGCCUGUCGAAUAGCAAGCAUCGAAGUGCUAGACCAUGAAGGAAUCAUGUGUUCGCCCUGCAGUAACCCAGCGCCAGUUCAGUCCAAUCUGCCGUGGCUAAUGGGUGGUCUUCUGUGGGUUGUCAGUAAAAUUACAAGUUGCAGUUUUGUACAGAGAAAAACAAAGUGCUGCUGCUCGUGAAGAUCCUAAUGUAGAGGAGGAGAGUGGUUUGUUCCCUCCAAAGCAAGUCUGCCUUCCUAUGUAUCGAUAUAUACAGUAUAUAUAUGUAUUAAGACUCACCUCUAUGUGUUCAGUAUUGAUAAGCUGUGUACUGCUAUCUGCUAUGUUCUACCAGUAUACUGACUGUAUUCUUGUGUAAUCAAAUGUUGUUGAUCAUUUUGCAUUUUGUCUGCCACUGUGCUACUGUAAGUUGGUCAGAUUUCAAGUCUUGACCUAAAUGUUUUGUUUUUUUUAA